AAAACCAGGCCCAUCCAGCCAGUAAGCGCCCAGCAGCGGAUAUGAGCUAAAUCCCGACGUCGCGGGAUCUAUUAUCUAGUGUACAUGUGUACAUGUGUGUGCAUGUGUGACUUGCUUAUCCUCCACCUCGCCUUUAUGUGUAGGCGCGGCUAGUCCGAAUGAGCCGACGUCAUGGUUCGGUUUCCGGCUUGCCGCGAGUGCCGAAGCGCGACGCGCGAGAUGUUGCGCAUACGGGAUACGAGAGAGUUGGCCGCUUUAGAGAUAUAUAUAUCGGCGUGCUUGGCAUGGAUGAGGGGCGAUGGUUCCUGACAUGAAAACCAACCCCCCAAUCUCGUCUUUCCAAGAAACCUGGAGAUCCCCGGCGGCUGUUUUCGAAUUUGAGGCACCACUUUCAACGCCCCCUUUCUUUCAGUCCAUCCAGCCAAGAUGUCCCCUACCAAGCCCCACGUCCUAAUCGCCGGCGCGGGCAUCGGCGGCCUGGCGCUGGCCCAGAUGCUGCGGCGGCGCGACAUCCCCUUCUCCAUCUUCGAGCGGGGCGACGACGGACACACGCAGGGCUGGGCCAUAGCGGUGCACGGGAUCGUGCAGGAGCUGGUCGCGUCCUUCCCGGACGACCUGCCGCCGCUGGCCGAGUCGGUCAACAACCUGCGCGCCCUGGGCAACGUGCCGGCCGAGUUCGUGCUCUACCCGGCCGGCGACGGCGCCGCCGGCCUCAGGUUCGGCGACGACGGCUCUAACACCCGCCUCGUGCGGGCGAACCGCGCGCUGCUGCGCAAGUACCUCAGCACCAACAUCGCCAUCCAGUACGGGAAGAAGGCGGUGGCCGCGGCGCAGGAGGGAGAUAGGGUAACCGUGAGGUUUGAGGACGGCACGUCGGCAGAAGGGGAUAUCCUCGUGGGCGCUGACGGCGUGCACAGCGCGAUCCGCAGAUCCAUCCUCCCUGGCCCCGAUCGGCUCGAGACGCUCCCGUUCGCCUGUAUAAUGGGCGAGGUCCCGCUGUCGGGCGAGGCCAUGCGGCGACAGAUGGCGCUGGGGCGGUCGGCCUACAUCUUGCGGCCGCCGUACCCCGGGGGCAAGGGCCAGUUCUUCGUGGGCACCAACAUCGUGCGCGACGGCGGCGACUGCGCCGACUUUUACUGGAUGAUGCUCUUCGCGCAGGAGAAAGGGGACACGGACCCGGAUGACCUGGCCAGGCACUGGCACGCGACGUCGUCGCGCGCCGACCUGCUCGAGCGCGCCGUGGCCGAGAGCAGGCUCAUGGACCCGGCCCUGUCCGAGGUGGUGCGCCAGACGCCUGCCGAAGGCAUCGUCAAGCCGCCCCUCGUCCUCCGCGCGCUGCACCUGCCCGGCCUCCCCGUCGGGAGGAUGACGCUGCUCGGCGACGCUACACAUACCAUGCCGCCCUUCCGCGGCGAAGGCGGCGUUAACGCCCUCGUCGACGCUCUCAGGCUGGGCGAGGCCAUCGGCAAGAUAGCCGCUGGCGACGUCGACGUGGCUACAGCGAUGGAGGAGUACCAGGCGGAGAUGCUAGAGCGCGGGAACAGGGCCGUCACCAUGUCGGUCGACGCGGUGGAGACCGACGUUCGCGCGCAGCAAAUGUUUGACAUCCCUGCUAUGGCUCGUGUGGCCGUCGAGGUCUCUUGAGUGAAGACUUGUUCUUGUCGCGUAUUACUACUCCCUGCUCAUUUCUUUACUGUUUAGAUUUUGCGUAUUUGUCAGGCAUAGAAAUGUUUAUGGAACCGUAAUCAUCAUUGCCGCCAGUGAGGGACCCUCGGGAUAUCGCGGAUGAUCGGCCUUUUUUUUUUUUGUGCGACCAUCUUUGUGCUCUGCUAGCUUGGCGUGCGUCUAAUGCGGGAGCUUGUGGCGGCAUCACCACACGGCUUGUCGAUCCCUGCCCACCCCUGCCUUGGCCGGCACGGUCUCCCGAAAAAAGUCUGGACCGCAAUUUAUUCCCCACCACCACAAAAAAAGGAGCUCAUUUAAUCUGCAAUUAUUUUACCCUCUG